AGACGCGACGCCAACUGGUCGCUUAGGGGGAGGAGGAGAAGCUCAUUAGUUCAUAAUGUGGCGACUGCACUUUUCUAAGUUUGACAGCAUGAAACGAAAUAGUUUCCUUCAGCAUUAACCCGAAUCCCGUGGUCUUGUCCCCCGCAUCCCUAACGUGUCCGAUCUCCAGUGGCUGUGUAAGAGAUUGUAGCAUGCUAAGCUAGGAGACGUCAACUUUAGCUCCAUUGAUGAUUGAAGUGUGUUGCCAGCUCCAUGGAAAAGCUCGUCUAGUUUUUGUGGCUGUCCAGUAUGAGCUCGUCAGAUGGGUACACAGAGCCUGGGGAUCAUGCCCAGGAAGAAAACAUCAUCUCCACAGGAGACAACAACAAGCAUGACUCGGCGAUAUGCUCAGAAAGUAGCAGCAGUAAAAUCAAGAGCUGUGCUGUGGUCAAGUACUGCGCCGCCCCACCUGCCAGCACGUAUGCCCUGUUGCAGGAGAAGACCGACCUCAAGCUGCCCCCUGCCAACUGGCUGAGAGAGAACGCCCAGCUAGGCACCGCUGGCACCACCGUGUUGGGCUCCAGCAGCAAGGGCAAGCCGUUUUCAAGUUUUGGAAUGGCGUAUGACUUUAUCGACUGCAUCGGGGAUGACGUCGACGUCGUGUCAGAUUCAGAGAACAUCAAGAAGCUGUUGAAAAUCCCCUACAGUAAAUCGCACGUCAGCAUGGCCGUCCACCGCGUGGGUCGCACCCUCCUCUUGGAUGAGCUGGACAUCCAAGAGCUCUUCAUGAGAUCCUCGCAGACGGGCGAUUGGACGUGGUUGAAGGACUUUUACCAGCGGUUGAUGGAUCAGAAGUGGCAGAGAAAAAAGAAGAGCAAAGAGCAUUGGUAUCAGAAAGCCAUCCUGUCCAAGUUCCUCUACUACAGUAUUAACGGCGACUGCGCCGCCGAGCCGGUCGCGGAGAACCUGAACGACGACGAGGAGUGCGGCGGGCGGGACUUCGGCUCGUCGUGGCCGACCGCUUUCACCAGCUCCGACGCGGAAGAGUCGGCUGCUUGUAAACAGGAACGCGUCCCCAUGGACAGCAAAUUUGCUUUAGGCCAGGUGACGUCGGCGCCCCAAGAGCAAAACCUGCCAGCGCUCUUUAAUGAAGGCGAAAACAGUCAGGGUUUAAGGAAUGACUUUGUGCGAAAUAUCAUGUGGACCUUUGAGGACAUUCAUAUGUUGGUUGGCUCCAACAUGCCGAUUUUCGGAGGCGGGCGCUACCCGGCUGUCAGCCUCAAACUCAGGGACAACAACAAACCCAUCAAUAUCCUGACCGGUAUCGACUACUGGCUGGACAAUCUGAUGUGUAACGUCCCCGAGCUGGUCAUGUGCUUUCACGUCAACGGUAUCGUUCAAAAAUACGAGAUGAUAAAAACAGAGGACAUCCCCCAUCUGGAGAACUCCACUUUUUCCACCAGGGUCGUGAAAGACAUCGCUCAGAAUAUUCUUUCUUUCCUCAAGUCCAACUGCACCAAAGAGGGUCAUACCUACUGGCUUUUCAAAGCGAGUGGGAGCGACAUCGUCAAGCUUUACGAUCUGACGACACUGUGCGAGGAGGCCGAAGAGGAGAAGAGCCACAAUCCCUUCACGCUUCCCGUGGCUGUGUUGCUUUACAAGGUGGCAUGCAACCUGAUGCUCAAGGCCCGAGAAAACAGAAAGCACUACGGCACAAUCCGAACUUUGCUUUUAAACUGCGUCAAACUUCUGGACCAGGACAGGCAUCCCCAGAUCAUCGCCUCGGCCCACUACAUGCUGUCCGAGCUUUUCCAACUCGAUGAACCUCAGGAGGAGGACGACGACGGAGGCGAGUCUUUCCGGGCCUGCGGCUCAGAGGACAGCUAUAGUAACGAUGACCGCGAAGAGGAAGACGACGACGACGACCUGGAGGACGAGAGCGACGACAGUAGCUCGGAGAAUCACGGCCGCAUGCAGGACGCCAGUAAAGCCGUGGCGGUCAUCCGCUCUGUCGGAGAACUGUCGGUCCCGGAGAAAUACAAAUCCACUCAGCUGAUUCGACCGGGUUGCGCUUUCCCCAUCUCACAAGACAAAGAGGAGCGAUGCAGACAUGUCCUCAACUAUGUGCUGAAGGGUCUGAAGGCCGUUGAUGGCAGCAUCAAGAAGGAGAGCGAGCUCCCGGCCGUGGACCCCAACACGCCCAUCCCUCUCAAGUACGAAGACGGAAGCGCCGUGGAAAAAGGCGUCUCUCCUUUCCUCGAAAGAGGUCACCAUCUGAUCGCGCAUGAUGCUAGCAAGACAAUCGAAACUUUUGGGUUCUUACCCCUCACGUGGUCUGUUGUCUCAGUGGGGCAUUCGCAGGCGGACCAAAAGCAUCCGACGCGCUCGGGCAUGAUUCCCGGCACCUGGCAGCACCAGAUGAAACUGCAGCUCUUCCUCAAGGCCUCCAAGGCGUACUACGUGCUGUCCGACGCCGCCACCAACCUGCUGAAAUACGGCCGAGCCUUGCGCUACAUCAAGCUGUCCCUGCAAAGCUACGAUGCCUACUGCGCUAUCGGAGGCACGCUCCACCCGCAGGCGCUCCUUUUCCACAGCCACUGCCUCUCGCUGUGUGGCGACAUCCAGCUGAUGUUGGCCCAGAAUUCCAACAACAGAGCCGCGUACCAGGAGGAGUACAGCUACCAGACCAAAGAGGACCAGGAGAUCUUACACAGCCUACAUCGGGAGAGCAGCUGCCAGGCGUUCAACAUGGCGACCGACCUGGCCACCGACCUCGAGUACCAGCUGUUUGUGAGCAGCAAGUGCUACGAGGCCGCCUACGAGCUGCUUGUCUCGCACGCCUUGAAGGAGGAGGCGUCGGAUCAGCUGGCUCAGGUGCUGAAGCGGCUGGGGAACAUCCGCAAUGAGAUGGGCGUCUACUAUAUGAACCAGGCGGCGGCCAUGCAGACGGAGCAGGUCAAGACCUCGGUGUCCGCCGCCGAGCAGGAGAUGUGGAAAAAGAGCUUCGCCUUUUUCGAGAAGGGCAUGAAGGACUUUGAGGCCAUCGGGGACAGCACCAACAAAGCGCUGCUGCUGUGCAACACGGGCAAGCUGAUGAGGAUCUGCGCCCAGGCCCACUCGGCCGUCUCCGUGGACGACAGCAGAGGGGAGUUCUCCCCGGAGGAGGCGCUCUACUACCACAAGGCCAUCGACUACUACUUGCGUGCCAUGAGGUCAUUGUCAUGCCGAGAGAACCACCAGCCAAUUUGGGACAGCGUGAACUGGGAGCUGUCCACGACGUAUUUCACACUGGCCACACUUCUGCAGGACUACGCGCCUCUCUCAAGGAAGGCUCCGGAACAGAUUGAGCGAGAGGUGACGGAGGCCAUGAUGAAAUCGCUCAAAUACUGCGACCUGCACACCGAGUCCGCCCGCCAGCUGCUGUACCAGUACAGAGCGGCCACCAUCCACCACCGCCUGGCCUCCAUGUACCACAGCUGCUUCCGGAAUCAGGUGGGCGACGAGCGCUUGAGGAAGCACCACCGCAGCCUGGCCGAGCUCCACUACAGCAAGGCCGUGUAUUUGUUCCUCAGCCUCAAAGAUGCGCCGUGCGAGCUGCUCCGCGCCUUACUGGAGAGGGUGGCCUUCGCCGAAUUCACCAUGGCGGCUCAGAACAGCAGCACGGCCAAGCAGAAGAGCCUGACUGCCGCUUUGGAGAUCAUGGCGGAGACUCGCUGCGCCUUCCAGAUGAUUCACAAAGAACUGCUUGAAGAGCAGACCGAGGGAAGCCACGCAGCUCUUCCGGGAUCUUCGGGUUGCCCUGCGCCAGGACUGAACCUCCAGGAAGUGACCAAGCUGACCGCUCUGUUUGAGUCGCGCUUCUCCGAUCUGCUCCUGCAGCUCAUCAAACUCAUGACUAAAACCAAACGCAAACCCAGCAAAAAGGACGAAGAGCUGCUGCAGAGUUACAAGAACGUUUACUCCAAGCUGCUGCGCUGCGACAAGAACAUGCCUCUGCUCGCCCGCGUCGGCCUGUACGCCGAACUACUGCACCAGCUUACGCCCAACGCCGACAGCUACGACGCUAACGUGCCAUCGUGACGACGCCUUCAUUAGAUAUUACGGACUGAAAAACUACUUGCACAUUUUUGAAGACGCUAGAUUUGUGUUUCAAGUUGUACGGUUUAUCCGAUACUCGCACAUUUUUAGGCAUAUUCAGCUUUCGGGUGAAAUUUCAAAUUUGCAGCAGGGAUUUAUAACAACACACCAAAGCUUCUCUGACCUCAUCAGUACAGCACUAACAUGAGUCAUUCUACGCAGAGGAUAAAGACUAUAGCGAGUACUGUGAUACUGUCUGCAUACUUGUUGAACCGUUUCUGUUCGAUCUGUUGCUGAAGGUGUGAAAGCAGCGCAACAUCGAUGCGAGUGAGCAUUAGCAUGAAGCUAGUGGUGCCUUUCUUUAGGCAGCUUUUUGGCCAUUUUUAAAUACACCAGAGCGUUAUUCCCUUUGUGUUAAGUUUGACGAUAAAUUUCCACUGAGCGUGGCACGAAAUUGCUUGAGGCCUCCUUUUUUGAUGAAUUGUUCACUAUUUGUCAAACCGCUGCUUGUUUUGAAGCGCGUCGAGUUGAAUUCACCGAGUCACUCGUCUCUCAAGGCACCACUGCACAGAAACGACAUGACAAAGAGUGGCACAUACCAUCCAAGCGACUUUCGGUGAUGCAAGCCAUAAGGAGAGCCUUUGCCUUUCAUACGAGAGAGACCCAGUGAGGGUGUGAUUUUUGCGGGCAUCCCGCUCUCAGAUCAUUACGUGCAUGAUGUCAGCGUGACAAUUUUCGGGAAAGGACUGUCGACGCGGCAGUGCUGUCUGUGCUCAAUCAAGAAUGAUUUUUAUUAUUUUUGAUAACCAGAGCUUCCGUUGGUGCUGGGUGAUUUUUUUUUUUUUUCAUGUUGCUUUCUCAAAACCAAAACAGUGCAAUUAUGUAAAAAUGUGUCAAUAUUGGGGCAUGUUUGCUGUGAUAUGGAAAUAAACUUUUUGGAAUGUGA